AUGCUGAGCCUAGAAAGCACUGACAAUUACGAAGAACUAGUGCGAUUUGACGAAAGAGUAAAAAAAAAAACAGGACUUAACAAAAUAGAUUAUCUUUGUGAAGUAAAAAUUGAUGGUUUAUCAGCUAGUUUACAUUACCAAAACGGCAAAUUAAGAAGGAUAGUUACCCGCGGAGACGGACGAACUGGGGAAGACGUCAGUGUUAACCUUCCUUUAAUCCAAAACUUACCAAAAAAUUUGCCCGAAAAAAUCACUGAGGGAGUUGAAAUGAUUGAAAUCCGCGGAGAGGUUUACCUGAAAAAAGAAGAAUUUCGGCGGCUAAACAAAGAAUUAAAAAAAAGAAAAUUGCCUCUUUUAGCUAAUCCGCGAAACGCCGCAGCCGGAACUUUGCGGACUUUAAUACCUACUCAACAAAGAAAUUUAAACUUUUUUGCUUACCAAAUUUUGGGCUGUAAUAAUGACUCAAUUAGCGAAAUCAAUAACCAAUUAAAUUGUUUGGAAAAAUUAGCCAGUUGGGGCUUUGAACCUAGUCCUUAUUAUCGCCUUUGUCAGAAUUUAGAGGAAAUUCAAAAGUACUUUCAAGAAAUUAAAAAACAGCGUGACGAUUUAGAAUUUGAAAUUGACGGGAUUGUGGUGAAAGUCAAUAAUUAUGAACACUACGAAAAAUUAGGAAAGACUAACCGGUUUCCUCUGGAAAUUACCCGCAGUGGUCGAAUUUCCUACGUUGCCCAAAUUACCCAAGUCUCUUUAUUAGGCAGUAAAAUUAACAAAGCCACUUUACAUAAUUAUGGUUUUAUUCGGGAGUUAAACCUGAAUAUCGGUGACCGAGUAGUAGUCAAAAAAGCUGGCGACAUUAUCCCCCAAGUAGUCCAAGUAAUUAAAAUGGACGGGCAAAAUAAUUGCUGGACCCCACCCACUAAUUACUGUCCAGAAAGAAAUAUUAAAUCUUUGGCUCUUUUUGCUUCUAAACAAGGGAUGGAUAUCAAGGGAGUUAGCGAAGCCAUUAUCCGCAAAUUAUACCAAGUUAAUUUAUUGAAAACUCCCGCUGAUUUUUAUUAUUUAGAACAAAAAAAAAAAGAACUGUUAAAAGUUGAAGGCAGCGUGAAAGCUCAUAAAUUGACUAGCCUUUAUCCUAAUUUAGUUAGUUUUAUUCAAGCCGUUGAAAAGAACGAACUAGAACCAAUUAGCAAACUUUUAGGUGUUGAAACCCAAAAAGAAAUUGUGCAUUAUUUUCAAAAACCUAAGAAUUUAGGGAUAUUAAAGAAUAUGGAACGAUUUAAUUUUUAA